GAAAGAAGCUUUCUAGAGAUUCUCAAUUUCAUGACAAGUACUCCGUAAUAUUUUAAUGCUAAAUUGAUUAUCCAAAUCUUUUAAUGGUACUCUAUUAUUUAGUUUUAAAUGGUGAAUGAUUUCCAAAUAUGAGCAUAUAAGAAGUUCCCAAUCCUCUCUAAAGAUAACUACGCAUCAAGGCUUGGAAACAACGCUUGUGCAAUGCUAACUUGGAAAAACACGAGAUCUCCCUAGUUUAGUGCCUUGAUGGAACACUUAUUCACUGAGAUCCUAGGAAGAGACGAUCAGAAACUGGUAAUAACAUUAUUACAAUUGUCUUUUUAAUACAGACACACGCUCAUGGCAGUUUAUUUGAACUAGCAUGGUAUUGGUUAUAGUGAUUUAAUAUAUACACACUAACAAUUAUUUAUUUGGUGAUAUAAAAAUCUCUGUGAAUAAGAGUUUCAUCAAAGCAGUAAAUUGGUGACACCUCUCAGAUUUUCAAUUCCGCAUUGCACGUGCAUUGUUCCCGAGCCUUGAUGCAUAGUUCUCUUUUGAGAGGAUUGGAAAUUGCUCGUAUGUCAAUAUCUAAAUAUCAUUCACCAUUUCAAACUAAAUAAUCUAAUACCAUUAAAACAAGUGGAUCAUUAUAUUAGCAUUAAAAUAUUUCUUGUAGUGUUCUAAAGAAAAAAUAUUACUUCUAGUGGAAUGAGGAAUCCAUAAAAAGCUUGCUUCAACCUUUUGAUUGUAUGGAUUCUUAGUUAUCUUGCUCAUAAACUUCUCAGGCUGCCCAUCCAUUACAAACUUCAUGAGCUUCACUCUGAAGAUGUAGGAUAAUCACCCCACGAAUACACCUCAAACUUUUCUAUGUCGUCAAUUAGCUCUAGGUGAGAAAAGUCAACGCGAGCACCCUUGUCCUUGGCAAGUAAGAAGCACUCUGCAAAGUAUAACACAGAGAACUGGACCAACUCCUUGACGUAGGCCUCACCACUACCCUUCCGCUCCAAAUUUGAGUGUUAGAAAAGUGCAAUUCACGUGCUGCCCCAAAGAAUUUCUUGCAAAUACUGCCCACAACAUCAUCCUCUUCAUCAACAUUCGGAAAUUACCUUGUGUGUGGGGAAAAUCAGUAAUCUUACACCAAUCCUCAAAAUAGAACUUCUCUACUUUCCUGUCAAUAAAAAAAAAACUAAACCUUCGGCUGCUCACGUUUCAUAUGCAGCAACAUGAUAUGGAUGAGUUGCCCAAGGAACUGAAUCUGCACUUUUAAAAAUUGCACAAAGAUUAUUUUCCAGGAACACUCUGCGUCAGACAACUUCUCAAAUUUUUGGGUGAUGGCCACAUGAUAAUCCGAAUAGAGGGAGUACUGAUUUGGGAAAUGUUGAUUUGGAAGAACAAGUACGGAACACGCCUACAAAAAUAGUAAUAAUAAUAUAUUAGUAGAGAUAAUUCUUCAUUAAAAUAUUUUCACAACAGUACCGAAUGAUUGAUGAAGAGAACAACUAAGAGCAACAAAGCAUCAUAGUGAGUGUACUCCUGAGUAUUGUUUUAGUGUGGUUGGUUUCUCAGGAACUGUGUGAAGACAUUAGUCCUCUGGAGAGAUUAAGGCUAUCUCAUCAAGCCCUGGAAGGGAUCUUACAGACUUUCAACGUAUACAUCAACCUCUUGAUGAACGCCCUCCCCGGUUCAAUGGAAACCGAAUCCGUCGAGGGAUCCGGACACCGGAUCGUCCGAAUCGCGGAGACCGAGGCCCAGCAGACGGCGCUGCUAGCCAACGCGGUCUUACUGGCCGACGAUCUGAUCCCACGCGCCGCCGCGAAACUCUCGCCUUCGAAUCACCAGGCCAGUAGAAUGGAUGACGCCGCCGCUAAGAGAUCGUCCUCGGACAGGCGGAUUCCGGAGCAGAGGGAGCUGAAGCGGCGGCUCCAGCGGCUGGUGGAUCAAUUGCGUGACAGCUUCUGCAGGCAGCACGCGCUUGAGCUUAUUUUCACCGAAGAUGGCGCCGUUCGACUGAAUGCCGAUAUGUAUCUGAGUUUGGACCAAGGCGGAGAAGAGCCAGAAUGGUUCCCAUCUCCAAUAUAUCAGGAACUCUUUGACAAGUUGACAAGAAUUGCAAACAUUGCAGCGGAAAUGUUUGUGGGGAGAGAGAGGUUUGCAACAAUGCUAUUGGUGAGACUCACUGAGACAGUCAUCCUCUGGCUUUCUGAAGACCAGACCUUUUGGGAAGAAAUUAAGGAUGGCCCACGUCCUUUAGGUCCUUUGGGACUUCAGCAGUUUUAUUUGGACAUGGAGUUUGUGAUACUGUUUGCAUCCCAAGGUCGGUACUUGUCUAGAAACCUACACCAAGUCAUCAAAAACAUUAUAGCCAAAGCCAUUGAAGCUGUGGCUGCCACUAACAUUGACCCUUACAGCGUGCUUCCCGAGGAUGAGUGGUUUGCCGAUGUUGCUCAAAUAGCAAUCAAAAUGCUAAUGGGAAAAGCCAAUUUUGAGAAUGUCGAAAGAGAAUUACCCGCCACAAUAGGUAGCCCCACAGUUGCAUCGGCCAAAUCGGCAACGUCUCCCAUUUCUCAUGGAAGUCAAUAACAAAAAAAGAGAUGAACUUCAUCGAUCUUAGGGUCUCCUAGACCGACCAGGAGAGCGAUUUAAAAGAGGUAAAUUAAAUUUUGAUCCUGAUC